AUGUUCUCCAAGACUAUCAUCUUCGCCGCGCUUGCCGCUCUCGCCGUCGCCGCCCCUACUCCCGAGUACGGCCGUCACCGCCAGGGUGGUCACCGUAACGGCGGUCACCACAACUGGAACGGCGACAACUCGGCGUCCACCAACUCGGGCAACGGCAGUGGCAACUCGGACAACGACUCGAGCAACAAGUGGUCGGGCUCGAACAACUCGAACAACCAGGACAACUCGACCAACCAGGACAAUGGCAGCGCCACUUCCGAGAGCGCCACCACCUCGGCCGACCAGUCUCAGGAGACCGGCUCCAACUCUGGUGCCCAGGUCGACGGCUCCAACUCGACCUCGUCGGGCCCCGCCGUCAGCGGUGGCUUCACCUCGAUUGCUUCGUACUACGACAUCUCCAACCCCUCUGAGAACGAGGGCGAGUCCGCCGGCUCGGUCGCCUGCUCUAGCACCAAGUACAGCAACAGUGACGCCAUUGUCGCCAUUGCCUCGCAGCAGUACAGCAGCUCGGUUUGCGGCAAGCAGGUUCGCAUCACCGACCAGAGCACUGGCAACACUGUCGAGGCCACAAUUGUCGACGAGUGCAUGAGCUGCCAGAACAACCAGCUCGACCUCACCCCCUCGCUCUGGUCGCAGCUCCACGGCCAGAGCACCAGCGGCGAGAACGACGGCGAGUUCCCCAUCAGCUGGGAGUACAUCUAA